UCUAUAUAACACCCCGUACGUGUCUCAGACACCCGAGCACAGGAGCAAAGACAAGGCAGAGCAGACACCAAAGCCGCGUGGUUCCUCCGGAUUCAUGUGAUCUCGAGUUCUCGACCGACCGGGAUCGAAUUAAUCGAGCCGGCUAGCAUGUCGAGCGGCGGCUACUACUACGGCGGCGACCACCGACAGCUCGGCGCGCCGUCCUCCUACGGCAACGGCUACCCGCGGCAUCCCGCCGCGUCGUCGUCGUCAUCUUCCUCCUUCUACCUCUGCCUGUUCCUGGCCACGGCGUCGCUCCUGGGCGCGGCGUCGCUCUACUCACGCUGCGAGUCGGCCAUGGAAGGCCUCCUCGACCAGCUCCGGGUCGCGCUCGUCCUGUCCCCGCUGCUCCUCCUCCUCGCCGCGCAGUACUGGCCCUAUCGCCGCCCGUCGCCGUCUUCCGCGUCGCUGCUCGUGGCGGCGCCGCCGCCCAUGGUGGCGGUGGAGGAGGAGCAGCCAUGGUCGUACGAGCAGCAGCAACGGCGGCGGGGGCAGGACGGCGGCGGCGCGCCGUGGGGCGUGGCGCUGGCGCUGGCGCUCGUGCUGAUGCUUGUCUCGUACCAGCCGUGCUUCCAGGACUUGUGGUUCCCGCUCGGCGGCCGCCGCCACCGCCACCACCGCUAGGCAUUUAACGGAGCUAGCGCUGGAUUCGAUUCGGUGAUAUCGAUCACGGGGCUUAAUUUGGUGCUGGGAAGAACCCACUUUAUCGGUUAUCAUAAAUUCAUAAUCAUCGGCAGGGCAGAAUUUUGAUGUCUCGACUGUCAGAUGUUCUAGGCCGUCAGAAACUAUAGUACACGGAGUGCGUAUAUUACAUUCGGGUCCUUGGGGAGAAUGUAACUGCAGUUACUGGUCAACUGGUGUGAUAGUAAAUAAAAAACAGUGUCCUUGCAUUUCUAAAGCCA